CACUGAAUAGCAGCACUGAUAGGUGGCACUGACUGGCAUUGAUAGGUGGCACUGACUGGCACUGAUGGGUGACACUGAAAGGCAGCUCAGAUGGGCACUGAUAUGUGGAAUUGAUGUGGCACUGAUGGGCACUAAAAUGUGGCACCGAUGUGGCACUGAUGGGCACUGGCAGGUGAUAUGGAUGAGCACUGAGAGCUGGCACUGAUGGACACUAACAGGGCACACUGAUCAUCAGUGCUCUGAUGAUCUGUGUACAUGUCCCUUCUGAGGAAUGCCGAUUACCGGCUCUCCUCACGAGCUGUCAGCGUGACAGCUCGAGAGGAGAGAAAUGUCGAUUUGAUGAGCUGUGAUUGGACACAUGACCGAGCCGACAUCUUUGGCUCUUUCUGUGGAUCGGUGAUCCACUGUGUCCCUCGCACUGCCGAUCGCCACACUGCGCGCUCUGGGAGACACGCAUGAGC